GACAGCGUCGCCUGCGUACGUCAUUACGUCAUUACGUCACGUAACAAACCAGGAAAUGCCACAUCAUCAGUGGUGAGUAAAGUCAACGUGUUGUCCUUUAACCCUGCAGCAGUUAAACACGGGAAAACAACACAGCAUGGACCAUUUUCAGGAAGUAAUAAAACAGUCCACUCACCACCCAAAACCUCCAGGACUGGUUUUGCAGUAUGGCACCGCUGGCUUCAGAACAAAUGCCAAACACCUGAAUCAUGUCAUGUUCAGGAUGGGACUAAUGGCAACCCUCCGCUCCAAGAAAACCCAAGCCACCAUUGGUGUCAUGGUCACUGCAUCACACAACCCCGAGGAGGAUAAUGGGGUGAAGGUGAUUGACCCUAUGGGAGAGAUGGUGACACAGACGUGGGAAUGCUACGCCACUAGGCUAGCAAAUGCAGAGGAGGACACUGAUUUAGUCACUGCUGUGAAAGACAUUAUACAAAAAGAGAACAUUGAUAUGAGCCAGAAAGCCAGUGUUUUUGUAGGCAAGGACACCAGGAGCAGUAGUGCUGCUCUUUCACAGGCAGUGCUGAGUGGAGUGACUGCCCUUGGUGGAUUAACCAAAGAUUAUGGUUUAGUGACGACGCCACAGCUCCACUACAUGGUUUGUUGUCAGAACACACACGGUAAAUAUGGAGAGCCAACUAUAGAAGGAUACUACAGAAAACUUUGCCAGGCUUUCAUCCAGCUCAUUAAGAAUGCGUCGAGCUGGACAGAUGACCAGAAGCAGCUUUGGGUUGAUGGUGCUAAUGGCAUUGGUGCUCUGAAGCUGCGUGAGAUGGAGAGUCACCUGAACAACAAGCUGCAGAUUUGUGUGUUUAAUGAUGGCAACACGGGGAAACUAAACCACCAGUGUGGAGCUGACUUUGUCAAAGUUCAACAAAAACCUCCCCCAGGUAUAACUGUCAACCCGGACCAGCGUUAUUGUUCCUUUGACGGUGACGCCGACAGAAUAGUUUAUUACUACACGGACUCCAAGGGUCGGUUUCACCUUCUGGAUGGAGAUAAGAUAGCUACGCUGAUUAGCACUUUCCUAAAGGAGCUGCUCACACAGGCUGGUUUAGACCUGAAUAUGGCAGUAGUGCAAACAGCAUAUGCUAAUGGCAGCUCAACAGUUUACUUGGAGGAAACCAUGAAGUUAAUAGUAAAAUGCACUAAAACUGGAGUGAAGCACCUCCACCACGCAGCUCAGGACUUUGACAUCGGUGUUUACUUUGAGGCCAACGGCCAUGGGACUGUUUUGUUUAGCAAAACAGCUGAAGAGAAGAUCCAGCAGCUCACAGAAGAUCUCAACGCCAGUGACGACAGCAAGAAAGCAGCUCAGCUGCUGCAGAACACUAUCAACGUCAUCAACCAGACUGUAGGUGAUUCUAUUUCUGACAUGUUGCUGAUUGAAGCCAUUCUGGCCAUUAAAGGAAUGACUGUCCAGCAGUGGGAUUCCAUCUACAGUGACCUUCCAAACAGACAGCUUAAAGUCAAGGUGUCUGACCGCAGAGUGAUCGAGACAAUAGAUGCUGAGAGACGUACAAUGAGCCCCGCAGGGCUACAGAAGGUCAUUGACAAUUUAGUGAAGAAGCACAAACAGGGACGCUCCUUUGUGAGACCCUCAGGUACCGAAGACGUGGUCAGAGUUUAUGCUGAGGCUGAAACGCAGGAGAGUGCCGAUAGCCUCGCACAUGAAGUCAGUCUAGCAGUUUAUCAACGCGCAGGAGGAGUAGGAGAGGAGCCGAAACCAUUGCACAAGACACACAAUUGUUUACAGGACACCUGUAUUUCAUCUCAUUGAAACUCCAUGUAGAUUACACGUACAAAAUCAUGUAAAGCUGUUAUUUAUCCAUUUCAAUAUAAUUUGUGAUAUUCUAUCAUGGACCAAUAAUUUUACCUAUUUGUACCAUUGCUUUUAUUUUGUAUCUAUUUGCAUAUACUUCAUGUUGGGAAAAUGGGAUGCACUAAGUUUAGCAAUGAAGAAAUACAAUGCAACUCAGUGAUACACUUAAGCUACUUUAUCUUCAGCAAAAAAAAAAAACUUUUUUUCAAAUCAUGAAUUUAUACGGAAAACAUUUUUAUCAGUAUUUCCCAUAAAUUCCUCAAUUAAUUCAUGCCUUUUAAGUUAAUGUUUCUGUGAAUAUUUGCUGUUUUAACUGCCAAAAUGCUGAAUGUUAAGUGUGUGAUUUUGCAACCUCUAGUUGCAAUAUUGUAUUUUUCUAUUUAAAUUAUCAUAGGGAAUAAAAAAGAGCAGCACAUUUGCAAUGAACACAAA